UCCCUACUUUUCGAAGUUUUCUCCUUUCUCCUUUCAACUUUCAACUUUCACCUUUUUCCUUUUUUUUUUUUUUCUAUUCAUUUGCUUUGGUGAGGACUGAGCAACUACUGACUUUCCCUUCCUCAGACAAAAGACAUGACAGAUAAAUCGCGAUAGAUUGAUAGAGUUAUGAUAUGAGUGAAAGUUAAAAAGGAAAAAAAAAUCAUGAUAAUGGAAUGGGAAGAUCAAGAGAAUCAAAACCAGAGAGAGAUUUUGAAUGUAAAUGUGAAUAAUGGUGGAGUAAUGUAUGUCAAAGUGAUGACCGAUGAACAGUUGGAGACUCUCAGAGAGCAAAUUGCUGUUUAUGCCGCCAUUUGUGAGCAGCUCGUUGAGAUGCAUAAGAACCUCACUGCCCAGCAAGAUCUCGCAGGUGGUAGGCUGGGGAGCCUGUAUUGUGACCCGUUAAUGACAUCUGCUGGUCACAAAAUUACUGCUAGACAGCGGUGGACUCCAACUCCAGUGCAGCUUCAGAUUCUGGAACGAAUCUUUGAUCAGGGGACUGGAACUCCAAGCAAGCAAAAGAUCAAAGAGAUAACCUCAGAACUGAGCCAGCAUGGCCAAAUUUCUGAAACAAAUGUCUAUAACUGGUUUCAAAAUAGACGGGCUCGGUCUAAAAGGAAGCAACUGGGGUCAUCAUCCAACAAUGCUGAAUCAGAACUAGAGACAGAAGUCGAGUCACCGAAUGAAAAGAAGACGAAGCCCGAGAAUCUUCUCUCUGGGCAGAACCCUGCACCAAGGGCUGAAGAUCUCUGUUUCCAGAACCCUGAGAUAACCUCUGAACUGCAUUUCUUGGGUGUAAUGUCCAAUCCAACUACAUUCAACGGAGAUGAACAUCUGUCUGGAAAAAUGGGAAUGCCUGGGAGCUACAACAUUUAUGACCAGGCAGGUGACUACGGCAUGGCAGGGUGAGACAUGACAGCCAGGUUCUGCACACAUGCCAUCCGAGACUCGGGUUGGUGGACUAGGCUCGAGUGUGGCUCGGUUUAAUCAUGGAACCAUAGCAUGCUUAACAUAGUAAAGCUAAUACUUGUAGUAUGAACGUGAAAUGAGGCAGUUAAGUUGGAAAUAGACUUCCUAGUAUGAAUUAUGAAUAUUAGUGUGCCAUUGUGCUUUGACUUUUUCUUUUUGGUUGUUUUGUUAAUAGAAGGAACUACAUGAAUGUUUUGGCAAGUUGUUCAUUAAAUUAUAUGAUCAUGCUUGAUUUUGUUGGA